CAUUUUUAUUUAUAUUGUGCCAAUGGCACGGAUUGGAAUUAUUUCACUCUCGUGUCCAACUAAGCAUCCCAAUAAACCUUAGGAUGGGCCGUGAGGAAAUAAAGCAGGAUUUCCAACUUUGUUAUGUGCAGAGCACAUAACCUGACACACCCACACUCACACAGAGACAGGUGCGUCAGCAAAACAGGUACCCGGAAAAACAUUGAGAAAGUUUACAACAGCUUGUUUGAGUUACAGACCACCUCUAACCCAGAUAAGAUGGCCAAGAGCAGCCUACAGAAGGAGUUUCAGGACCAGUUUGUCGACGUGAUCUCCAGGCUAGAGUCUAAACAGCUUUUCCAGUCUGACUGGGAUAUUGUCUCCUUUGCUGUCUUCUUCAUCUUUAUUGGCGUGGUUCUCCUGCUUGUUCUGCUGGUUCUCAUUCGCUGCUGCUGUUGUUGCUGCUGUGAUGAACAGCCUAAAAGACACAAGGUUGGCCAUGACAACCUCGGGAUGGAACCGUGAAACCAACCUGCUAAAGAUUCCACGAUUAUGAGAGCUUUGGUUACCCACCAAAAAAACGAUUACACCUUUUUUUAUUUAUAUUAUAUUUGAUUCUAUUCAUUUUAGUUUUACAAUGUAUUUGCACUUCAUCUGUGUGCCAAAUCCUGUUUUAUUUAACAGAUUUUCCUCAUUGAUCUUGUACCAUCCCAUUUAUUUACUUUGACUGGUGGAAAAUGUUGAACUCCCUGUGUUUACCCGGUUUUAGUUGCCGCCUCUGGUGGGAAGUCAUUGGAGGUGACAUGAAUCAGUUUGUUUGCACGUCCUCUGCAUGGCUAGCUGUUGUUGCUAGGAUGCCAGAACAGAGAGCAGAGUGAAAGCAGAGCCACUAGGUGACACAACAGGAAGAGAAAGGGGUGUUACUGUGGGUUCAUGGGAAAAUAAGCACUGCUCCAUUUCUGCUGCACAACUUUGUAAUAAUCUGAUAGAGUAGUGAAUAGAACACAAUAGAAUGCUUUUAAUAAAAUGUUCAACAGUUGUAUGUAAUAGGAUGAUGUGGUUAAACUAUGUCGAACCAAAGGAAUCAUAAUGAAAUGAAUACAUUUAUAUAAAUAAAUACAUUUUAAG